AUGACAGUUACUGAAAUUGCACUCUUACAAAGAACACCAGAUUUCUAUAGAGGGGUAAACUUUGGUGACCGGGCACAUUACGGUUCCAACGUGAAGCUCAACGCCGUCUUCAGGGCGGGCCAACAAAAGUAUGCAUUUAUCGCGGCGGGACGAGUAUAUGAAUAUAUAACUCGAAACGGAGGCAAUUUAUCAUUUCGACAGUUGAUUAAAUCGUGGGAUUUUGACAAUAAGAAAGACAUUCUUAAAUUGGUGGACGGAAAUCUUAUCGAAUUCGACAACGAGAACCUUGUAAAAAGUCGACCCAAAGUCAAGGAAGAAUAUUCUCUCCAGAACAAUGGAGAAAUUCCCCAAUCCAAACACCCAGAUGAAGCGAGGAUAACGCCUGGGACUUCAUCACAAUCACUUGAAAUAGGAAGUCGCUCCAGGUGGGAUGGAAAGUCUGUUUUCAGUCACAGUCUUAUGUUCUUGCUAGGUAAGUUUACCUUUGAAAUGUGGGGUUAACAAGGCUUACCAUCAUCAAUAUAGGACUCGUCAUCGCUAUCACAAUAUCGCGACUGAAAUGA